GGGCGGCCGGGUGGUGGCGGCGGAGGCAUGGCGGAGCCGAGCGGGGCCGAGACGAGGCCCCCUAUUCGGGUCACCGUCAAGACCCCAAAGGACAAGGAGGAAAUUGUGAUCUGCGAUCGAGCCUCGGUCAAGGAGUUCAAAGAGGAAAUCUCCAGAAGGUUUAAGGCCCAGCAGGAUCAGCUCGUUUUGAUCUUUGCUGGCAAGAUCCUCAAAGAUGGGGACACACUGAACCAGCAUGGAAUCAAGGAUGGCCUCACUGUCCACCUGGUCAUUAAGACUCCACAGAAGGCUCAAGAUACGUCUGCUGCGGCUACUUCUUCCCCUUCCACUCCAGACCCUGCCUCUGCACCCUCCACCAUGCCUGCGUCACCUGCGACUCCUGCCCAACCCUCUACCUCUGGCAGUGCCACUUCAGAUGCUGGCAGUGGAAGCAGGAGGAGCAGUGGGGGUGGUCCCUCCCCUGGGGCUGGAGAGGGACCUCCCAAUGCCACCACAUCCAUACUCUCUGGAUUUGGGGGCAUCCUGGGUCUGGGUAGCCUGGGCUUGGGCUCCGCCAAUUUCAUGGAGCUGCAGCAGCAGAUGCAGAGGCAGCUGAUGUCCAACCCUGAGAUGCUGUCACAGAUCAUGGAGAACCCUCUGGUCCAGGACAUGAUGUCUAAUCCUGACCUGAUGCGCCACAUGAUCAUGGCUAACCCCCAGAUGCAGCAGCUGAUGGAGCGAAACCCUGAGAUCAGCCAUAUGCUCAACAACCCUGAGCUCAUGAGGCAGACCAUGGAGCUUGCUCGGAAUCCAGCCAUGAUGCAAGAAAUGAUGCGGAACCAGGACCGGGCCCUGAGCAAUCUUGAGAGCAUCCCUGGAGGGUAUAAUGCUCUCCGCCGUAUGUACACGGACAUCCAGGAGCCUAUGUUCAGUGCUGCCCGAGAGCAGUUUGGCAACAAUCCUUUCUCUUCCCUGACCGGGAACUCCGACAGCUCGUCCUCCCAGCCUCUGCGGACUGAGAAUCGAGAGCCCCUCCCUAAUCCCUGGAGCCCCUCGCCCCCCACCUCCCAGGCCCCCGGGUCCGGUGGGGAGGGCACCGGAGGAUCGGGGACCAGCCAGGUGCACCCGACAGUCUCGAACCCCUUUGGGAUCAAUGCGGCUAGCCUGGGGUCAGGGAUGUUCAACAGCCCAGAAAUGCAGGCCCUCCUGCAACAGAUCUCCGAGAACCCUCAGCUAAUGCAGAAUGUGAUCUCCGCCCCCUACAUGCGCAGCAUGAUGCAGACUCUUGCCCAGAACCCCGACUUUGCUGCUCAGAUGAUGGUGAAUGUGCCGCUCUUUGCGGGAAACCCCCAGCUGCAGGAGCAGCUCCGCCUACAGCUCCCAGUCUUCCUGCAGCAGAUGCAGAAUCCGGAGUCGCUCUCUGUCCUCACCAAUCCUCGUGCCAUGCAGGCACUGCUACAGAUUCAGCAGGGACUGCAGACCUUGCAGACCGAGGCCCCCGGGCUGGUGCCCAGCCUUGGCUCCUUUGGGAUCCCCCGGACCCCAGCGCCCUCAGCAGGCAGUAACACUGGGUCAGCCCCUGAGGUUUCCAACGCUUCACCAGCCACGUCUUCUCCAACAGCAGCUUCCAGUGCCCAACAGCAGCUCAUGCAACAGAUGAUUCAGCUUUUGGCCGGAAGUGGAAACUCACAGGUACAGACGCCAGAAGUGAGAUUUCAGCAGCAACUGGAGCAGCUCAACUCCAUGGGCUUCAUCAAUCGGGAGGCCAACCUGCAGGCCUUGAUUGCCACAGGAGGGGACAUCAACGCAGCUAUUGAGAGACUCCUGGGCUCCCAGCUCUCCUAA